AUGACCGGCUCAGGGUGGCUGCGUUUCGUUUAUGGGGUCGUUUUGUUGUGCACUAUUUUAGCGGGUGAGUUUUGGGAUGUAAUCAGUAGUCCUUCAAUAUUACAGUAUCAUUUCUUUGAAAUACCAGAGGAUUAGAUCUCACCGCAGCGUAUUUUUCACUUUGUUAAACUGCCUUUCCAGCUGAUGUGCCCGAUUUUCCGGAUAACGAGCCUUUCGAGGCGUUUGAUUUCGGCGGUGGCCCCGAACCAACGCCUGAGAAAGAAGUAGUCGCGGAACAAGAUUUCCCCAUUCAAACUCAAAGUCCCACCAAACCGGGGAAUAGCCAGACGGCACUAAAAGAGAUGGGCUUAUGUGAGCAUCCGGAUGAACUUCCAACCUUUAUCAAGCGAUCAAAAGUCCAGUCGAAAGGAAUCCCAAAAUUUGUCCAUUUCAUGGACAACCUAGCGGAAUGUGUGCAAGUUUGUCGGCGUAAAACAGAGCCAAUAGAGCAGACCCCAUUUGAUUGCAAAGGCUUUGUUUUCAAUCAUCGGGCGCACGGUAAAAACUCAUGCGAAUUCUUUGACGACAUAACGCUGAUUGAGCCAAUAACCAACGAUAUGAAGUGGGAGAAUCAGUCAACGUUCUUCGAAAGGGCUUGCUUGAAGAUCCCUGGCAAAUGCGGAGAAAGUGCAUACUCUAUCGAGUCAAUACCAAAUAAGAAAUUGGGAUUAACACCGUUGGAAAGCGUGAAUGUCAGGGAUCAGGCAGAAUGUCUCAAUGAGUGCCUAACUAGCAGUGCAUGUAAAAGCGUCAAUUACAAUGCAAAAGACAGGUAUUGCAAUCAAGCAGAGGCCAAACUAACAAUGCUAUUUCUAGAUAUUGCGAGCUACUUACAACAUCAAGCAGUGGAGGUUUAUUAGAAGCAACAGGCUUUGAAUUUUUCGAGAACAUUUGUCUACAAGGUAAGGAUCUUUUUUACAGCCAACACACAUGCCGCAUUCUUUUCAGACUCAAACAAAUGUUCGGCAAGGGAGCGAGUGGACUUCAUUGUAUCCAAGAACACCCAAGUUAGCGGUCUUGAACAUCGAGUUGGCUCAGUUUCUAUUCAAACUUGCAUGAGAGAAUGCGUCGAGUCAUCGCUGGUCCAUUGCCGCUCGUUUCAGUACGAUCAGAACAACCGAGAAUGCGUUUUAAUGGAAGAGUCAUCGCAUUCCGCAACAGCAUCAGAAAUCUUCGAUCUCUUCGAGCCAGUUUGUUUAGACGGAGAUAUUGAUCUACCGUGCCAAGGAGACUACGUCUUCGAAAAAGUUUUGAAUACUAACUUGGUAGCGGAGGACUUGAUUUCCAUAGAGAAAGGUAAACUAAACAUGUAUAAUCUCAUUCAACGAUUUCCUUACGUUCAGAAGCCACAGUAGCCAGCUGCAUGCAAAAGUGCCUGAAUAACGAAAAUUGCCUAUCUUUUACCUUCAACAAAUUGGAGAGGAAAUGUAAAAUCUUACCCGUCAACCGAAAACACACUCAGACUAAAGCUAUAGUUGAGAAUUACUUCGAUUUUUAUGAGCUAUCAUGUGAUCGGCAAGCAAUACUGAAGAAUCAACAGCCAGUAAUCGAGGUCAAUCGAGAUAGUGGGGAUACAACAGGUAGGGUUACCUUCUAUAGAGUGGCUAAUGGCCUAUUCAAAAAAACAUGAUGUUUAGCAGCCAACCUGACAACCUUUCCAAUUACAACCACCCCGGCUCAAAAGUCGACCACUCAUCCGGUCCAUGGUAACGCCUGCGACAGUACGAAAAGUGUCCUAAUCGAGAAAGGACGAACCCUGCGCAUCGAGUAUCGCAAUCUUCACCAUGUGAACAUCAAGACCAUAGAGAUUUGCGAAGGAUUAUGUCAAGGAACGACUAUUGCAUGCCAAACCUUUGCAUACAAUGAGAGAACUGGCGACUGUUUAUUAUCUACUCUGAUGAUCGACAAGAACAACCGAUUCUUCUUUGUCACCCAGCCUAAUCCCAGCUAUGAACUGUACGCCUUCCUCGGGAGGGCGUGCGAACAAAGUAAGUGCAAAAAAACGGGUGUCUUUUUCUGCAUUACAACUAUACAUGAUGUAAUCAUUAUUUCACAGCUACCGCCCCUCCUACUCCCCUGCCAACGCUAAUAUCACUACCUCCUACCUACACAACACCUCAAUACAUCCAUAAAGUUGAAGAAUUCACCGCAACUAUGAUUUUGAUCGAUAAAGAUGCCGUCGCGACCACUAUUGACCCCGUCGAUGUUGAUCCAUUCGACGAGAAUGACAAGCCCAAGCAUCGGCAUCACCACAAGGUGUCCAAGAUUCCUCACAUUCCCACUUCCGCCUCAUUUCAAGAAUUUAGAGAUCAACAAGUUGACGACUUCCACAUGUUUCCAGCUCCGCCCGAUGAAAAAUCAGUGAAGAGUGCGAAAAAAACAACAGCAUCGCCACUCGCUAAAACCGACGUGCCAAGGAGAGACAAGACGUUGGAAAAGUUUGCUCCGAACCAGAUCAAAGUGAAUGCGUUUUGCCUGGAGGGCGGGGUCAAUGUGACUUUUCAAGUAACGGAUAAAGUAAGAAAAAAUUAUCGAGCUUCAUUUCAAAUCAUUCAGAAAUACAACGGCGCCGUCUACGCGGCAGAGAGAUUCGGCCAAUGCCGAGCGUUUGUUGAAAUGGCUUCUGUCUUCUCCAUUUUUGUAGCUCGACCUGGCGUAAACAACAACUGUAAUGCUUUCGAAGAAGACGGAAUUUUGACCGCCGUCUUGGUCAUGUCGAAUGACAUGGUGCUUCCAUACGAUGUAACGACCAAGGACGACUUCUUUUAUCAGAUUACUUGUGAUUACAGCAAGGGCGAGCAUGCCUCCAUAGUUAGGACUGGUAUCGUUGUCGGGUAAGGGGUUCUUCGACAAUAGUAGAGACAGAGUCACUUACCAGUCUGUCGAAAAGAGCACUAUCGGCGGAGCGACAUUUGUCCUACAGUGAGGGACCUGAUCCAAUGGCAAAAAACGUACCAUUUUUCAUCCGGGAAGUAUCAAAAAUGUGGCAAAAUGCUUCCCUCUCCAAGUUAAAAAAACUUCGUUUUGAAGGGCGCGCCCUUUUUCCUCACAAAAAAUCUGAGUUUUUUCACUUGGAGAGGGAGGUAUUUUGCCACAUUUUUGAUGCUUCCUGGAUGCAAAGUGGUACGUUUUCUGUCAUUGGAUCAGGUCCCCCACUGUAGACUGAUAUACAAAAACGCCGUGUAUACCUAUACUAUUCAUCUUUAGCGGACCAGAACCGAGAUCAAUAAUGACGAACGGGAAGAAAGCGGAAGACACUGAGACCAAGGUGAUCCUUCGAAUCCUCAAAAAUCACCGUCCCGUAACUAAUGUGUACAUCGGGGAGAAGCUAACGGCUGUAGUCGAAAGUGACAUUGAUGGUGAGUUUGCAGACCGGUUCUAACGGAAACUAUCCUCUCCUCUUACAAUAUCAUUACAGCAAGCCGUCUAAAAGUCAGUGAUUGCAACGCCACACGAGUUGGAGGUCGCGAGCCAAAACCCAAUUCAGUGACGCUAAUCAAGGAUGGGUAAGGGCUUUGGAAACAGGCUGAUCAAUAAUUUAGUUGCUCACUGAUGCCUCAAAUCAUGGGGAAUAUUGUCAAGGGAGAGAACGGACUGGAGGCGCCAUUUACAGCCUUUAGAAUCGAUGGAUCCGAUCAGAUUGAUAUUGUUUGCAGUGUGGUCGUAUGCAAGGCAAAAUGCGAUGAAAAGGUGCGAGCUUUCCCAGAUACAUGCACUACAGUGACCUGACGCAGUGGGAAAAAACGUACCAUUUUGCAUCCGGGAAGUAUCAAACAUGUGGCAAAAUGCUUCCCUCUCCAAGAGAAAAAACUUUGAUUUCAAAAGUGCGCCUGCUCUUUUUGUGACGCCCUUCAAAACAAAGUUUUUUCACUAGGAGAGGGAAGCAUUUUGCCACAUUUUUUAUGCUUCCCGGAUGCAAAAUGGCACAUUUUUUGCCACUGGAUCAAGUCCCUCACUGCAGAUUUUCUGUCACAAUUCUGAGGCCAGAGAUGAAGAUUAUAUCAAAAACAAUUUCAGGAGCCAUCCUGCCCGCCAACCCGUCCAAAACGCGCAAUAGAUUCUCGUCGGGGCGAUGACAAAAUCACCGUGGACCAACGGCUUCGAGUUCUCGUCGUCGACGACUCCACUAUUGAUUCCGAAACCGGCAAAUACUCGUCCCCGGGAGUGCUUGGCCUUUUGUUGGGUUCGGAAAAGAACCCGUACUGCGUGAAUAGCACCGUUCUGCUCAGCUUGAUCUCCAUGUGCGUGCUGAGUCUGAUUGCGUUGACGAUUUCGGCGAGUUGGUUCUUCUGUCAGCGGCGGCAAACCUAUCCGCCGCAGCCCAUGUACAGCGAGCAAUUCCGCGGAAGGUAUGCUGAAAAGGUUGAUGACGAAUGGCUUUAGUGAUCUGCCGCCUCCACCGCCCGCCUUCCACAUCCCUCGAGUGGAACGGUAUGUGGCGUGA